CCAUUUUUGACCAAAUCCAUGUAACUGUAAACUUAAAAGAAUAUCCCUGAGUAUAGCUGGUGUUUCGCGCGAUCACCAAUGACAAUGUGUUGACUUUUACAGCACAAUAAUUAAUUAUAUAUUUUGCUUUCAAUGGCUUUUUUUAGAAAUAACUUCACCAAGUAAAAGGUUUCAUUAAGUCUAUAAAUGCCUGUUAUUUUCUAUCGCAUAUAUAUCAAGUAAAUCACUGACGUAUACUCGGCGCAAAAGAGCACUAGAAUACAGGGCGGAAAAGGGCAGAAUGUUGCAUGGAGUCUAGAGACCAUUUUUUAAUUUAAAUCUGCCAUAUCGGGAAGUUAUAUGGGGAUUGAAUUUCGAAUUCUUUCACAAGUUUGUCUCAGUUUAUAUCAGGUGUUCCUUGAUGAUAUGCGUGGAAGAUAAAUGAUAAUUUGACAAGGGCAGUAGAAUCUUAAAAUGAUGUUUAAUUGUUUAUUCUGUCACUAUUGCAAUAGCUAUUACAAUAUGCGGACAGUUAUGUGUCAACGUGAAUAGGACUCGCAUGUAGGAAAUCAUUCAUGCCUGUAGUCAGAUGUUGCUACGUGGCCGAGGUAAACGCUUAUUAAAAGCAGGCGUCUGGUUUUAUCGUUAACUAGAUUCCUUUUCUAUAGAGCGUAUAAAAUGGAUUACCGAUCUUUGCUACAGUUAGCCAUGAUGGUUAUCAAUGGCUGUAGUUUGAUUGCAUUUCUAACGUUGGUAAAACAAAGUGAUGGAGCAUCUAAGUUUUCUUUGUUCAAAUUGUACAAUGACAGUUAUCUUCCAAAUCGCUUGAUCAGAAGCAUUCGUGCAAUGUCACAAGUCGAAUGCUCGAUGAUGUGCUCCAGUGAAGAGAAAUGUGAAUCUUGGAAUAUGUAUGAGGCAGUGCCUGGUCGUAAUUGUGAACUGAAUAAUGCCACUGUGAAAACAGAAUCUGCAAAUCAUGUACUGAAGAAAAGAAACGGAGCUACAUUCGGUCAUCGGAUCACACUUCCUAGAACGAAAAAUAAAAAGGUAAGUGAAGCCUUGAGCAAGGGUCAUAGUUGUGCGAGGAGAAAAAAAUUAAGGAGGUAGAAAGAAAUUUGUCCGAUUCUUUUGCGUUUUGCCCAACCAAUCAAAAAGGGGAGGGGGCAAACAUUUUCGAAGGGCAAAAAUUUAUUUGAUGUAACAAUUUUAGUAGAUCUUCCAAUGUCGAGCUUCCAUUGAUGAAAUUAGUUCCAAAAACGUAAAUAAAUAGGCUAGGAUUAGGAAGUGCAUGAAAUACUCAAGAUAGGAAAUAAAAUUUACACAAUUAAAAACUUUUUUCUUAAUUUUCGUGAAAUUCAUUGUUUACAUGUAAAACGUCAAAUGGUCGUUUCGUGAUCACAAUCCCCUUCCCCCACUUUUCCACCCUCUUUCAAUUUGGAUAAAUCUUAUUAUUUAUAUGUUUUGCAGGUUUGAAAUAUUAGGGACCGGUCAUUAUUUAUAGUGGGGGGUGGCACCGAAAAGAAAUGUUUUUCAUGGAAAAAUAUUUGCUGACCCAACCACUAAAAAGUCAAAAAUUUGAUUACCCAACCUCAAAUAUCAAUUAAAAAAUAUUUACCCACCCCUGGCCAAAAACGUACUUUACAAAAGGAAACCAUUCAGUUGUGACAUCAAUGAGAGUCACUAUCUUGAUCUGUUGCAUGGGAGACAAAAGUUGUCUUCAAAGACAACAUGAAACUUUAGACUGCAGAAAAUUUCACAAUCCGUUAUCAAACUCAUGUCACAGAAGUGGUAAAGGACCACUUCUGUGACAUGAGUUUGAUAACGGAUUGUGAAAUUUUCUGCAGUCUAAAGUUUCAUGUUGUCUUUGAAGACAACAUUUGUCUCCCAUGCAACAGAUCAAGAUAGUGACUCUCAUUGAUUCACAUAUUGUAUUGACAAAUAUGACUGUUGACAUUGCUUUUUAGUCUACAAUAUUUGAGUGAGUCAUGCUUUGGAAAUGAGAAUAAGUUUUUAUUACCCAACCCUUAAGUUGUUUUGUUUUUCAUUUACCCAACCUUUUACUUACUCAAAAUUUUGUUUACCCAACCCUUUUCUCUUCGGUGCCACCCCUCGCCAUAAAUAAUGACCGCUCCCUUCCUCCUCCCUCCCUCCGUGACUUCAGAUCUAGAGCGGAAUGACUUAAAAUUCUUUCUACUUUUAACAUUUAGGCAGUUGACCCCGGAUUGAAGAAUAUUUGUAAGUUUUGCUAUUCUUUCAUUAAGGAUCUACAGCCAGCCCGACACUCAAUCCCAGUCCCCUUGUGAAAUUAAAACAAAACACGCAGAGCAUGUGGUUCAACUAUGUGAUGACUUUUAAACACAGUUCUGCGUUCAACUGCCCUACUUAGAACUAGUUUUGCCGAGAGAAAGGUAUAUGACUGACCUACAAUAACAGAAAAAUGACUUCGUUGAGCCAUAAGUCGGUUAAAUUCAGUUUUCCUGGACUAUUUUAGACAUAUUUUUUAUCAUAAAUUGCUCUGUAGCUGUUCUUAAAGUUAUUUUACUUUUAAAUGUGCAACUACAACUGUCUUUAUGAUGGUAUUUGGGUUUUUCCAUUUUUGUGUCUUUCAUUACCACUUCCAGUAACCCAAAUCUCAUUUUUUCAGUUAGGAAUUGCGCUUUCGGUCUUGUGUGUCCAUUGCUGCUGUUCUUUUAUAAAACACUGACAAUUUUAAAAUUUAUAAACAAGCACAUUUGACUCCUAGUUGGAAAGGAAAAAGGCUACUCAUUAUAAGAAUCGUCGCCAGAGGCCUGGCACGAGUAAUUACGUUCUCGACCCUGCAAUGCACUACUUCAACAUUAAUAUUUAUUGGAGGUAGUCACUAAUCCCCGACUGAGGCUCGGAAUGUUUUCUAACAUGGGUUUCCAUUGUCAAACUUUUAGCUUAUGUUUUUACCAACCUUGGAAAAAAAGGACCUGAGGGACCUGCAAACACGAGUGGUUACCUAGGAACGACUCUAGAAGGCCAGGUUACGUUGAAUGCUGGAAUCCAGAUGUGGCAAGUACCAUACACAGGUACUUACAUAAUCGAGUCACGUGGUGCAGCUGGCGCAAACGGCAGUUAUGACUUGCGCAAUAAGCUUGGGGACAAGCAUGUGACAAAAAGACAUCAUGGAGGCGUGGGAGCGAAAAUAAGCGGAACAUUUUGGCUUACUCAUGGGACCUUGUUGAAAAUUCUUGUUGGCCAGCGUGGAAUGAUGCAUACACUUACAAUUAAUUUACAGACUCUCGAUUUAAUUCUUGAUGUUGGUGGUGGUGGAGGUGGGUCUUUUGUAACUUACGUGAAUAAUAUCCCCCUUGUUAUUGCUGCUGGUGGCGGCGGCGGUGGCGGCAACGGUGUAGGGUUUGGGACAGAUACAUUUGAUGCUGAUUCGGGACAGUUAGGGGUAUUAGGGAGUAGAUGUAACAGUACGGUAGGAAAUGGGGGAAUGCUAUGUUCUAAUGAAGAGAAAUACACGAUCAACGCUGGAAGUGGAGCUGGGUUGCUAAGUAACGGUAGAAGUCCUAACCUGGCACAUCAUGCUAUGUGUUUUGUCGACGGAGGGAGAGGUGGUACCAAUAUUGGGUUUGAUGGUGAUGGAGGGUUUGGUGGUGGUGGUUAUGGUGCGCUAAACGGAGGGGGAGGGGGAGGAUAUAGCGGGGGAGGUGUGUGGGCUAACUCUACUUAUGGUAUCGCAGGGGGUGGUGGCUCAGUUAACCAUGGCUUUGACAAGCAAUCUGGUUAUG